CAAAUCACGUGACUGAUCCAGGUCUGUCAGCUGACGCUAGACGGAACUAACGUAGUACUGCUUGUCUCAGUAAUACUCGAAUGCGAUUUAGUUUAUAUUUAUCUUUCUUGUUAUAAAUCUGUCUUCAUAUCUAAGUCAUUACCUUUGUAAACGCGUACCAUAAAAACUUCAACUAUGGCGCUUAGCGAUGCAGACGUACAGAAGCAGAUCAAACACAUGAUGGCCUUUAUUGAGCAAGAAGCCAAUGAAAAGGCAGAGGAGAUUGAUGCCAAGGCAGAGGAAGAGUUUAAUAUUGAAAAGGGACGACUGGUACAGACCCAGAGGUUGAAAAUUAUGGAGUAUUAUGAGAAGAAAGAGAAACAGAUUGACCAACAGAAAAAAAUCCAGAUGUCUAAUUUGCUGAACCAGGCCAGACUGAAGGUGCUUAAAGCCCGUGAUGAUAUGAUUAAGGAUCUUCUUAAUGAGGCACAACAACGGUUGGCCAACAUUGCCAAAGACCCAAAUCACUACAAAUCACUACUGGAGGGUCUUGUGUUACAGGGAUUUUAUCAGUUGCUGGAGCCCAAAGUUAUUAUCCGCUGUAGAAAGGCAGAUGUUGCAUUGGUGCAGGCGGCCGUCCAGAAGAACAUUCCCAUCUACAAAGGAGCUAUCAAGAGUAACAUCGAAGUGCGCAUUGAUGAGAAUAAUUUCCUGCCACCUAGCAUUUCAGGAGGUAUUGAGGUCUACAACGCUGAUGGCAAGAUCAAGGUAUCCAACACAUUGGAAAGUAGACUAGACCUUCUGGCUCAACAGAUGAUGCCUGAGAUCAGAGUAAAUCUGUUUGGCGUUAACCAAAACCGCAAGUUUUUGGAUUAAGAGACUGUGCUGUUACCAAGAUGUGUCCUUAAGAGAAUGCAGGAAUUCAGAAGACUGGCGAAGAUAUUGAAGGUCUGGUGAAAUAUACCGGGUUUCUAAAGUGGGAAAACUGUAAAUUAAAGCAGUUCUGUAAAUUAAAGGGACGGUUCAUUGAUAAAUGAAAAUUCGAUCAUUUAGUCACCCUCACGUUGUUCCAAACUGGUGGAAGGAAGAUAUUUUAAAGCAUAUUUGUUACCAAGCAAAUCUGGUGCACCAAUAACUUCUGCAGUAGAUUAAAAAAAUACUAUGGAAGUGAAUGGUGCCCCAGAUCGGUUUGGUUAUUAACAUUUUUCAAAAUAUCUACAUUUGCGUUCAAGGGUCAGUAAAUGAUGACAGAAUUUUUAUUUUUCAUUAAACUAUCCCUUUAAGUGAUUUUUGUGUUUGUGAAUUUUCUUUCUGGAGAAAAACACCAAAGACAUUUCUUUAUUAAAUGUUUAUGAUGUACUUCUGUAAUGACUUUUAAAUUUUCCUUUUCACCUGGAAAGUUGGGUAUACCUGCUAAAAGUUUAAUCCAGCCUAAGCUGGUAAACUGGUCUCGUAGCCUGGCCAAGUUUUACAGCUCAUUUGUUUUUGUGGAUUUAGAGGCAUUUUGAGGAUUGGUCUACUUGGAGCCUAGCUGACUGACCAUCCAAAAACCUAAUGGGGGGAUGCUUGGUAUAGGUGAAACCAGCUAAACACCUUAAGCUGGUUUAGACCGUUUCAAAACGGAUAUGUUCAUUAAAACGUAGUCCUGACAUUUAAUCUAGUCUGUACAAAAAGCACUCAGGAAUGUACAUUGUCUCAUGCUGCUUUUUGUGAGCUAAACUGGUUUGCCAGUGAAAAACCUCAAUCGGUAUGUCUGAAAUAUGUGGAUUUAUGCUUUAUACACCUGUAUACAUCUAAAUGCUUUUACCUGUUUCCAGUUUCUUGUGUUGCAUUAUACUACAGAAAAAUAAAUCAGAUUAUUUUAUAUUUUGAAGCA